AUGAUGAUCUUCCGCUUGAAAGAAAGUGAUGCUGACAAAAAACACGUUUUGAAGAUCCUUAACCACCUUUCUGACGGUGUUAUAACUGACAAGAAUGUCAUCAAAUUAAUAAGAAUUGGUAAAAGAAGUGAACAUGUAAGGUUAAGUCAUGAUCUUACCAGAGAACAAAGAAAUGAAUUAAAAAAAUUCCUUGAGGAGGCUCAGAAAAAGACUGUUGAUAGUAAAGGGGAUUUUUUGUUCAAAGUUCGAGGAGAUGUGGGAAAGUGGCGGACCUGGUUCAGCACAAAUAUCUACGUUUUUUUUAACGAACUUAUAUCAGUAUUAGAACACAUUAUAAUGAUGAACUCGAAUAUUAUCUUGAUGGGUGACUUUAAUGUUCAUGUGGAGAGAAUGGAUGACCCUCAUACAAUACGUUUGUUAGAAAUAUUUGAUAUGUUUGAUCUGGUCAACCAUGUGAAAGGCAAAACUCAUUCUCAUGGUGGUACACUGGACCUUAUUGUCAGCUCCCGUAGUUUUUUUGUGGCUGAGAUAUCGAUUCAUCCCAGUGAAGUAUACUCCGACCAUGGUUGCAUAGUAGCAAAAAUAACGAUUCCUCGACCAUGCGGUAAUUUUGUCAAGAAAUUGGCUCGAUCAUGGAAAGAUCUAGAUGAAGAUCAGUUCAAAGAAAGCAUCUUAAAAUCGGCUAUUGCGGGUACAUGUCAGGGGAGUGAUGUUGAAGCUGAACUGAUAUUAUUAAAAUUUAAAUGUCAUUACUUCGAAAUGAUCCUCUAUGUUAACGGCGACUUGGAGGGUCGUUGA